CUCCACUCACAAACAAAUUCAAAAAUGCCUGCUGACUACAAUGGACGUUGGGAGAUGGUGAGCAAUGAGAACUUUGAGGACACCAUGAAGGCCAUCGACAUUGACUUUGCUACCAGAAAGAUAGCUGCCCACCUGCAUCAGACAAAGGUGAUCGUCCAGAAUGGAGACAAGUUUGAAACAAAGACCCUGAGCACCUUCAGAAACUAUGAGGUCAAUUUCACCGUGGGAGAGGAGUUUGAAGAGUUCACAAAGGGCCUGGACAACCGAAAACUCAAGACACUGGUUACCUGGGAUGGGGACAAGCUGGUGUGUGUUCAGAAGGGGGAGAAAGCAAAUCGUGGCUGGAAACACUGGAUCGAGGGAGACCUGCUACACCUGGAAAUUACUGUGCUGGACAAAGUCUGCCACCAAGUAUUUAAGAAGGCCUAA